GAUUUCGUUUAUAUUGUCGAUUACUAUUACUUUGUAUUUUGGAUGGUUUUAUAACCAUCACAUAACCUACUUUGCGAUCACAGUAUGUUAGUGUAUUCGUAGAGUCAGUUUGAAAAAAUAUGAAAAUCAAUUUCAUAUCUAUAAAGCAAGAUUGUCUAAAUAUCGUGAUUUCUAAAUUCAUGCGAUACUUUGCAUAGCAUGUAGAAGUAAGAAAAGGUAGUGCCUUCGCUUAGAUGCGGGUAUAUAUAACUAGGGGUGUUGUACGAGUUGAUAUUAUUUAUUGGAAAAUCCCCGAUACGAUGCAUAACGUUUUUAAGUCAUUUUCUCGGAGCUUCCUAUCCAUCUAAACGCUGGACCACGAAUUCUUUGUAUCCCCUCGCAUCAUGCUUUACAUCUGUUUAUCGUAAUUACUUUUACUGAAUGUUCUGCUAUAAAAACCAAAUAUUACAACAUAAUCUGGCAACAUGAUCUUUACUUGUAUCAGCUCCUACCUAUCAAUUUAAUCGGUCGAAGCGGUGUACUACGUUUAUUUGGUCACAAAGGGUUUUAUACUGAGAAUGGUAUUUAUCUGUAGAAUUUACGUUUUCAGAUAUUUAUAAUAAAAAUUAAACCAUUGUACUGAGAAAGAUUUGUUCAUAUAGGUCUAAUGUAAAGGUUACAGGGAUAUGUGGAAAGCUGUGAAGAUAGCAAUAACAGCAUUUGUUCUACUAUCGGAAUGCCGCAGUGAAGGUUUGCAAUGUAAAAACGGUGGCACUUGUUCAACUUCUGCACCUGAUGGGACCUGUACAUCGUGCGUAUGUAAAACUGGAUACUCAGGCAAUGUGUGCGAAGAAGUUCUAACCGUAGUUCACGGUGUCGUCACAUACAAAUCUUCUAACCAAAGUUUUAUUCUGAUACCGUUCAAUGCAAAAGGAUUUAAAGAAGUGCUUCGAUCUUCCAUUGUAAAUUACCAAGAUUCCGUAUCAUCCAACCGUUCUAUUGAUGAAAGUACCACGUUUGUCGUCGGCUACACUGUUUAUAUGAACCGUCCUUCUGAUUGGCCAAAUUUUAACCAAUCUUUGUUCAUCUCUGAUCUGAACAAUGUCCUCAAGCAAAACAGUUCAAUUCGCGCAUUCUUCACCAAUUUUACUUCAUCGAUAACUGUUAUCUCGGCAACUGCAGAUAUUGAUGAAUGUGCGUCUGGGUUAUAUACGUGCGACGUUAAUGCAGAAUGCUUCAACACAAUACCAGGAUAUGGAUGCAAUUGCAAAAGCGGUUUCAUCGGAAAUGGCACUCAUUGCCCUGUAGGUAUUUUUUGCAAACUAAGCGAUGCACCAGAGUGGCCUACAAGUGCAACAAGGAGUGUAUAUUAUCAUAAUGGAGCACCUGUGUCGAUUUCAAACUCUGAUGAUCUUAUGCCAUACAAGACGUUCAUUGAGUAUAAAUGCCCAGAUCGAUAUACAUUGGUAAAUUUUGAAACUGGAGAAGCUCAAACGACUGUGAUUGAAUGCGUAGGAAUGAAUGAAACUACUCAAUCGCACAAAGGGUGGACAGGAAAUGGUGUCAGAUGCGAUAUGACGGUGGAGUUUAUGGUCGCGAUAAUCAUGGCCGCAGUGAGCAGUGUAAUAAUAGUUCUGGUUGCAGGAGGCUUCAUCGUUUCGUGGACAAACAAAAUGAAAAAGAAAAAACAAGAUGGAAACAGCGACAAUGAUACUGAUAUAUUAGAUUUCCCAGGCUAAUAAAAUAAAAAAAUAAAAAUAAAAUGUUUCUAUUACUAAUAUAUAAUAAAUUGAAGUUUUGUUUGUAUCAAUUACGAAGCAUUGUAAAGAGUUGACUCGUGCAUUUUCUUUUUUUCGGAAACCUAUUUUUUUGAGAUUUCCCACAAUAUGUCAACGAACUUGUUAUAUAAAUGGGGAUUCCAAUAAAAGCCAGCCAAUUUAUUUGAAUCCGAUAAUAUUAGAUAGAGUAACAGAAUAUUCUUCAAAUUGAUAUAUUGAGUCGUAUUUCCCUCAUAUGAAUCUCUUCUGUCCUAACAAUGAUCCAAUAUCUUCAAAUAAUAUAAUGUCAACGACUCUGAUGGCGAAUGUUCUCAAUUUGAUAGUUAUUUUUUUAUGUUGAAAUUGCGUGUGAACGGCAAUGUCUUCUAUUAUAUUCGUGCAAUGUUUUUAUUACAUUUCUUUUUAUUAUCACUGA